CUGUUUCCGGCGUGACAUGAUUCACGAGCAGACGGUGAGAGUUACGGGCAUCAACCAACUUUGCAACGCAAAUUAUAAGAACCGCCAUGUCUGCAUCUAAAUUCACCUUGCUGUGUAAUUCGCAUAACUGCCGGACAAAGCUGAGUGGGUUCGCGUGGGUCACGGCCUGCUCUCACGUAUUCUGUGAUCAACACGGUACGGAAGAAUUCAGCCGCACUCCUGCCAUCUGCCCCGCGUGCUCCUCCAUGCUGUCGGGCAAACUGGACGUACUUAGAACCGAGCUGGCACCAUCAGAGCAAUACAAGGCUAUGGUUUUGGUCGGAUUACAGCCUGAAACUGUUUUGGAAAUCAGUCAUAAAGCGCUAGACUUUUGGACCUACCAGGUAAACCAGGAGAGGUUGCUGAUGGAGUACAGUUUGUCCAGGGCUGGAGGACAAGUGCUUCAGAUGGAGAAGUUUAUGAUCCAGCAGAACCAGAGCAAAGAGCUUGAGUUAAAUGCAUUAAGAGGGGAGAUGGCAUCCCUGAAAAAGGUGCUGGAGGAAUAUAAGCGGAAGUACAGUGAGGUUUUGGAGCGACUGAAUGAACGAAAUGGGCAAUAUCAGAAGCUGCAGGGACUUCUCGACUCACUACGGAUGCACACGCUGGGAACGGGAGAGAAAGAUCCCAUUUCCCACCCUUUCACUACAGGUUUGGUCAAACCACGCUCUUCCCAUAACAGUCCUUCAUUCCUGGGACCAGAAGGCGACAGGUUCUUCUCACUUGGGUCAGAAAACGCUAAAACUUUCUUCCAGUUCAGCACACCCACCCGAGACAGAACCCAGACUUUUAUCAAGAAAAACUAAGUACGAUUUAAGUUUCACUAGGAUGCUUUUUUCUUUCAUUUAUGAAUUCUGAUUUCAGUUCUGACUGCCAAAUAUGGUCGUUUCUGUUCAAUUCUUUGUUUUGUUUUUUUUUUUCAAAUUGGUUAUUUACUGAUAAAGCUGUUACACAGUUUAAAGAAGGUGUUAUGCUAUAAAUACUGUUUCCACUGAUGUAAAUGACCUUAUUGUGGAAAAUAACUCAUGAUUAAAAUGUGGA